AUGGUUGUGGUGUGGGAUUGGACGGUCUGGUGUGGACCCAGACUAGCCAAAGAGGAAGGGUGUGGAGGUGUGCACUCUGUCAAGUUGAAAACACCAACGGCACAGCGGGUGAUACACAGAUCAGCAUCAAGCGAAAAGCAUUAG